CUACGGACUUGUCUAUUGCUUAGACUGUCCAUUGGAUUCUUGGGUCGUGAGUGCUUCUCUCUUCUUGAUCUCGUCACAGAUGCAGUCCAAUGAUUUCGGUUGAUUUUUGUCUGUUAUGAUCCAGAGCGACCAGCGCGUCUGUAGCCGCGCGUUCCAGGGCAACUAUGUCCAUACAAAUGGAUAGGAUGCAUACUUUGGCCUCCCGGCCCCCUCCAAUCGUUCCUGUGUCCACCCAUCUACAGAUGCCCGCACCUUCAAAUGCAGUUUCUCGUGGUGCAGAGAAGCCUCCUUCGCCCGAGCAUCCCUCUGCCAGCUCCAAUGAUGACAGGCAGAGCCAGAUGGAGCAGUCACUGAAACGUUCUAUCACGCUGGUUAUAUGGUACAAGCCGGCGUGCGAUCCCAUUCGCCUGAACCACGAGAUCUCCACUUUUCCACUGUUUCAGCUGUCGCAUUUUCCAUCCGUGGUUUCAGACCUGGAACUCACACCCGCUUCAUACAUCGAUACUUAUAAUAAUGCAACAGGGAAUUGGGAGCAACAUGUGGUUACCACUGUCCGUACGAUCGAGACAGACCAACGUCUCCUAUAUAAGCUCCGCAAAAGUCUUUUAAGUGGGCUUUUAGACGAGGAAUGCCGAGGACUCGCAGAGGAGUUAGCACUACAGCCAAAGAAGAAGCAAACCGCAUCCCCUACGAUUCUCACACAAAAUGGCACGAAGAGGCCUGCAACUGAACAUAUAGACGGCCCUCCUGCGAAAAGACCAUACCCUCCGGAAGGGUACCCACACCCGAUGUACAUACCGCAAAUGGGAUACAUGUACCCGCAGGUCCCGCUUGGGCAUCCAAUGAAUGCACCGCCAGUUGCUAGCCCAUCAAACGUAAACAGCCCUGAGGGCGAGAUAUCCCCAUCCAUGCCAAACCCAUACUCAGGCCCUCCCGCAACCCCAAUGAGCGGCCAGCCACCGAACAGCCCAGGGCAGUAUCCAGGGGUGUCGCCUUCAUCAGCCACUCGAACAGGGCCAGGGGCUGCAUUCCCCCAGCACCCCCAUCCUCCACUCAAAAGAUGGCCUAACGAUUAUACUGUGUCUGAAAUUGCUACUGGCUUCCGGCAGAUGGACGCUCUUAUUGCCCAGACACCUAAUGCGACUCAGCGCACGGCAUUCGAACGCAUUUUUGGAUGCCGGUAUGUUAAGUCUACCGUGUGCCGGCACCGUGGGGUGUAUCGCAAAGCUGAUACAGCAGUCCGGGGCAUGUUUGAGGGUAUGGGGACGGAUGAACGUGCCGUGUGGGGUGAGUUCGUGAGGCGGGUGGAGGGUCGGCCAUCAGGAAAGCAGGGGCAAGGAGAAGAACUUGCUCUCCAGGGAGACGUCCAUGAGGGAGGUUCGCAGCCAGGUCCAGUUCAGCAGGAACAACGCGGAGGGACGAAUACAGGCCCACUUAUGGAUUCGCUGGUGCAGUCACCACAUAUGACUGUCCCUUCACCACCUUCUGGUAUGCCACACAUUAAUGGGCAUGUUCCUGUUUAUGAUCCAAGUUUAGCAGAUAAAGAUGCUGGUCUGUGUGGAACAUGAGGUCCGAUCUUUCUCAGCGAUUUGUACCCCCUUUCCGCGAUUCACGAACUCCAUGCGGUAUUUGUAGGACUUUUCUCGUUUAAUUCACAAUCUAGGGUUCAGGGUACGCUAUAUCUACUGAUAGUGUGACCUGGCGACAAUCCCAUGAUUGAUCUGCGCUCAACCGAGAAUACCUCGAGCUUCAUUAGAAGCCUCGAGUUCAACCCACCCCUAUCAAGAGUUUCUUAACUUAGGACCCAAAGUCAGUCGAAUGGAUCUGACGAUGUCCUUAGUUUUGCCUUUGACUAGGAGUUUUUACCCAUGGACGACUAACAGACUGUUCUCGUUAACUCGCGUGGAGAGACUGAGAAUUAUGCAACCGAGAUUGAUAUUGGUCACAUGUCCAUGUCUGCGCACUGCCACAGGCA